AUGGAGAUGGUCCACAAGGUGCGCCCUGGGGACCAGAAGAGCGUCCACCCCAAGAAUUACUCCGCGAGCACUAACGGGAUGAAGCCUCUGACGCGGAAGGAGUGGACGGCCAUCGGCGGCUACAACGCGUUCCUGGCGACCAAACUGCCGCCGGAGCACCGCAUCUACGACCCGGACGAGGAGACGGUUGACUCCGGCAUGUCGACCUUCCUCACGGCGUUCCCCAGGGGCUUCGCCAUCGAGGUGCUCGACGUGUACAGCGGCCCGCCGAGGGUCGCCUUCAAGUUCCGGCACUGGGGGUACAUGGAGGGCCCGUUCAAGGGGCACCCUCCUCACGGCCAGCGCGUGGAGUUCUUUGGGGUCUGCAUUUUCCACGUUGAUGAGGAGAUGAAGGUGGAGAAGGCGGAGUACUUCUACGAGCGCGGCAACUUCCUCGCAAGCUUCUUGAGCGCGCCUGCUGCUGCUGCUGCCACAUCGGCUUCAGGUUGCCCUGUGAUGAGAGGAAACUGA